AUGCCUCCAAUGGCAUCAUCCCUGUGGAUUCGCGAGUGUCAGGAUGACAACUCUGCAGCCUGCGAGAAGCCUGUGAGUAACUUCACUAAGAGCGGUGUCCCUGGCAUCAUCGUUGGGGUUUUAUUCCUGAUCGCGGUCGGAGUCUGCUGUUAUUUCCUUUAUCGCAAUAAGAAGAGAGACGCCAUAGAAGCAAAGGCGGCUCAAAAGUGGAAUGACAACGACCUGUAG